AUGUUUGUUUCACCACCACCAGCGACCUCAAAAAACCAGGUUUUGCAACGACGUCCAGUUGAUUCAGCCAAUACUAGUAACGGGUUUACAAGCUCGUUACAAACCAUCCCAGAAAAUACAAUGAACAGCACUGACAACGUUUCGUUUCAAAGCAUGCCACUAUCGGUGAGUAGUUCACAAUCAACAACCUCACCAAGAAGGGAUAAUUUCGUUAAUGCUCCUCCGGAGUAUACAGAUAGAGCUAGAGAUGAAAUCAAGAAAAGAUUACUAGCUUCCUCACCUAGCAGAAGGUCACAUCAUUCGAGCGGGAUGCACUCAGCAAGUAGAAGAUCCAGUGUAGAUGAAAGUGGUAGUUUACUCUCGGAUAACGCCUCGUCAUAUCAAUCAAGUCUAUUUUCCACUCCUUCUACAGUGCAUACACAGCUAACCAAUGAAUCCGCAUUCUCUGACUUCCCUAACCAAAAAUUAGUGACGAGGAUAAGUUUAGACGACGCCUUACCCAAAACAUUUUACGACAUGUACUCGCCAGAUAUUUUAUUAGCUGAUCCAUCUAAUAUUCUUUGUAAUGGCCGUCCCAAGUUUACUAAGAGGGAGCUAUUGGACUGGGAUUUAAACGACAUAAGAUCCCUCUUGAUAGUCGAGAAAUCAAGGCCUGAAUGGGGUAAUCAACUACCGGAGGUAAUAACAGUGGGUAACAAUAUGCCCCAGUUUAGAUUGCAGUUAUUGCCUUUAUACUCCAGCGACGAAGCCAUCAUUGCAACGUUGGUCCAUUCGGAUCUGUACAUGGAAGCCAACUUGGAUUAUGAGUUCAAACUAACUAGCGCCAAAUAUACUGUGGCCACUGCCAGGAAAAGACAUGAACAUAUAAUCGGCAGAAAUGAAGCUAUCAUGAACUUAUCUAAACCAGAAUGGAGGAAUAUUAUCGAAAAUUACCUUCUGAAUAUAGCAGUGGAGGCACAGUGUAGAUUUGAUUUCAAGCAAAGGUGCUCAGAGUAUAAGAAAUGGAAGUUACAACAGUCCAACUUGAAGAAGCCAGACAUGCCACCGCCCAGUCUGAUACCGCGGAGGAACAGUACGGAAACAAAAUCACUUUUGAAGAAAGCCUUAUUGAAGAACUUCCAGUUGAAAAAUCCCAAUAAUGACCUCGAUGAGUUGAUGAUGAGACCGGGCACCGCAUCAAACCAACAGGGGAAGAACAAAGUAAGUUUGUCUAAAGAAGAAAAGGCCACAAUAUGGUCGCAAUGCCAGGCACAAGUUUACCAAAGAUUAGGAUUAGAUUGGCAGCCGGACUCGGUAUCCUGA